AUGAUCGCUGUAUGUAACAAGUCGGAAGAUAUCGUCCUCCAGAUCAAAGUAUACCAACCAUUCGCAUUGUAUCCGCGACAUCUGAAGAUAUCCGAUUCUUCUCCAUGGCGUUGCCACUUCACGAUCAAGAUCUUUGAAUUCGGACAUCAUACAAUGGGCUAUCCCCUAAGCUCCGUGAUCAUCUGUCAAUUCCACCAAGCAUGCUCAGUUUAUUCCGAUAGUCUCUCCGAACCUAUAUCUAUCAGAGCUGAGACAGUUCAGGCUUUCUGGUCAGAUCAAUACAGAACGAAGCGCGUACUGAUUCUUGAAUGCGGCCAAUGA